UUCUGUUUCCGCUCCACAUCUGAGAGAGUGUUUCUCUCCCCGUCUCUUCACCUCUGCCUCUCUCUUUUCCUUCUCCCUUUUUCGCUCUAGAUCUGUUUCGCUCUCUGCCCUUCUCCGUCCACCAGAGAAUGUUAAAACAGGAAGUGGUUUUGAUCGAGAGCUCAGAAAGAGAGAGAGAAGCUUCCUGCCGAUGAGGUGUUAUGGGGUGGAGUGGAUCGGUUUUUGACAAGUGCACGAGAAGUCACAAGCGAGAGAGACCGGAGGAAUCCAACGGCUUGGUGCAAGACAAACCCAUCGCAAGUCUUCCAUCUUCAUCUCCCUCUCUCUCUUUCCCUUGACGUUGCUCUCACCCCUCCCUCUUGCUCAUACAUCCUCCCUCUCCCCCUCUCUCUCUCACUUCCUGAGCGAGCGGAAAUCAAAGCUGGGGGAUUCGCUGAGACCCAGAUUCAUAGGCCCAGUUCUCAGUCCAAUCCUUCAGGAAUUGCCAGGGAAAGCCGGUCCUCGAUAAUUCACAACAUUUGGCCAAUUAGUGAGAAAAGGGCCUAUCAUAAGGGGCUUCUCAGCACUGGGUGCCCGCAAGAACAAACGUCUUGCAACAAACCAGAGGAAAUGAGGGUGUGAAAGGAAAGAGACAGACAGAGACACUGUGAAAACGAAUCAACGGAGUGGUUCAGUGACCUGUUGGUGGGAGAGGAAGCACCAGCAGGCCUCAGGCCUCAGGCGAAUGUAGGCCAAGAGUCAAAAAAAAUCAGUUAGGCCCAAUGCCCAAAAACUGCAAGCCUCGAUGAGGGACCCAACACGAGGGUGCAGACAAUCAGAGAGAGAUUGGACAAGACCACGGCUCAAGGAUGAAACGACAGAAAGGGAAAAAGAAAAACCAAGCGAAGGAGAGAGUGUUUGGUUGCGAUCUCGUCACCCAUUUGGAGACAUCAGGCCAGGAAGUGCCCCAGGUGCUGAAAUCAUGUUCACAGUUCAUUGAAGAACAUGGGAUUGUUGAUGGAAUUUAUCGAUUGUCUGGGAUAUCAUCAAACAUCCAGAAAUUGCGACAGGAGUUUGACACUGAAAAGACUGCUGAUCUUACCAAGGAUGUUUACUUGCAGGACAUUCACUGUGUCAGUUCGCUUUGUAAAGCAUAUUUCCGAGAAUUACCAAACCCAUUACUAAUGUACCAGCUCUACGACAAGUUUGCAGAUGCUGUCAACACACAACUGGAAGAGGACAGAUUGCUCAAAAUAUGCAGCGUCUUGAAGGAUCUUCCGCCCGGUCAUUACAGGACACUGGAGUUUCUGAUGAGGCAUCUGCUCCGAAUGGCUUCCCACAGCUCCAAGACCAACAUGCAUGCUCGGAACCUGGCUAUCGUCUGGGCCCCUAACCUUCUGAGGUCCAAGGAGAUUGAAUCAUCGGGAUUUAAUGGAACGGCAGCAUUCAUGGAGGUCCGCGUCCAGUCCAUUGUUGUCGAGUUCAUCCUGAAUCAUGUGGAGCAGCUAUUCGACCACAAGAACCUCACUCCAGUUCCCGGUGUGGAUUCCGACGACAGACGUAAGUCGCUUCCCUCUCCAUCCUCCGCUCCGAAUCUGCUCAAUGAGUCGUCGGGACACCGGAUCCUAGCCUCCCAGAUUCCCCACAUCGUGCACAUGGGAGACGGACCCCCUGCAAUACGGCCAUACCACUCCAUCAUUGAGCUGCCAGAAAACAGGAGGAAGGGAUCACUAAAGGUGAAGAAAUGGAAAUCAAUUUUCAACCUUGGAAAAUCUGGAACAGAUUCAAAACGGAAAGCCUCCAGGAAUGACGAGAGAGGUCAGUAUGGAGAACAAGUGGGAUUGACAGAAGUACAAGUAAAGAGGGGGAUUUGCCCUUUUGAUAAGGGAGGACAUAAUAAUAGUGCUUAG